AUGCAGUUUGGUCGCAACGUCAGACUGGCGCUGUGGCUGGUGUUGCUGGCACUCACUGUAAGCGUGAGAGCUUCCUUUUUCAGCACUCUCGUCUUCGGGAAAGACACUCUGGCGCCCGUUCGCGCUGCACUCAGACAGACGCAACAGCUGCGCUCUGAAGUGUUCGGCUGGUAUUCUCACAACUCGACCCAACAAGCCAACCUUACCGUCACACCCGAGCCGUCACACCUGUACAAGCUGUUACCGGCAGUCUACUCGGGACGCAGUCUGACCGAUCCCGAUGGGUCGUACUACUCGGAUAUCGAAGGAUACUAUAAAGGCGAUUGGACCGGGUGGGAUUAUAGCACGACGGCCAAUCGGUCGCUCGCGCUGGAUUCGCGCUUGAACCACUCGGCUGCACAUGAAUUGUCCAAGGAGAGAUUGGGUGGAUUGGCGCAGUAUGUGGCAGGCGUUCAAGAGGCCAAGCUGAAGCGAGAUCGUGGUGACUUUGAAUGGAUAACAGAAGAGGCUGGACAUGUGGAUGUCCAUCUCAAGGAGGAACAUCUGCUCAACGGGAAUGUGUCGCUGGUCACGGGCAGUUUGAGUUUCGCCGCAUCAAAGUCGAGUCAAAGCAGGGUGGAUGCAGUUUCAUUCUCGUUAGAGGGGCUGCACUUUGUUAGGACGGGCAGUGUGUUUCUGCAUGCGGUUGCGAACGAGGCAGACGAGCGCACAGAUGUGCGUACGACGCUAAGCAUGAUUCCGUGGGGCAACAACGAGACGUUGAAUGCCACGGUGGCUGCAAUCGAUAAAGCGUUCCAGCUUCGCAUCGACAUGCUGCAGCGAAUUAUCGACAGUGGAUCGUACGAUGCUGGCGAUAUCACCCAAGACCAAGUUGGCAAGCAACACAACUGCAGCCUGCACGUGUACGCACAGCUCGAAUCCGCUGGCCCUCACUCUCAGCUUCAACAUUUGAUCGAUACUCUGCAAGACGAAUCAACCUACCCGACAGGGAUCAGCACCAUCUCACCACCUGCGCUUCGCCUCUCCCUGCUCGCCUUCUCACCCGACUGCCACCUGCUCCUCUCAAGCACCUCGCUCACCGGCCUCCUACAAACCACGCUGUGGCGCAAAGCCGUCCACUACGCCAUCAUCUACUUUGUCAUCCUCCUCCUUCAAGCACGUCUACUGGUCCAGCAGAUGCAAGCGACCACAACACCGAGCACGUUGAACAAGCUCAGCGCUCACACGUGGUUGGCACAGUGGGUGUUGGAUGCAUUCGCAUGUUUAAUCCAUCUAAGCGUGGCGGUGGUUCUGGAGAACGAGACAACGAUGGUGUUGAUAGCAUGUUCGUUUAUGAGCGGCAUGUGCUAUCUAGCAUUUGGAUACCGGUAUAUGAUUACGAUCUAUCGGACGCAGGUGGAGGCGAGAACUGCAGCAGCUGCCACGACCCCGCUCGUGAGAGCUGCCGAAGACGCGCCGAACGGAGCGACGGAUAGGAAUGCAGUCUCGCCACCGACCGAGGUGAAUGCAGCCACACUUACGACUGCGACGCUGACUGCCGAGAUCCGAGCGCGUCGUCGAGGGCUGGCCAUCUUGGCGGUGGGCGUGUUCGUGGUUAUGAUGGGCUUGUUUCCGGAGCUGACCGGUUCGCUGAUGCUGUCCUUGCUCUACUCGUUCUGGAUCCCGCAAAUCUACCGCAACGUACAACACGGCACACGCCGGGCUAUCUUGAAACGCUGUGUGGUCGGCACUACGCUCACGCGGCUGUUUCUCCCGCUGUACGUGCUGGUUUGCCCGAACAACGUGCUGUUCAGCGAACCGAGUAUGUGGGGGUGGGUGCUGUGCGCAUACGUGGUCAUGCAGGCAGUCGUGCUGAUCGGACAGGACUUGUUUGGCGCACAUUGGUUUCUGAGGCAACAGUGGGUCCCGCAAGGCGCUCCGAAGCGUUGGCAGUACCAUCCACCGCUCAAGAACGCUAACGAGUUGGAGGCAGGUGUCGACGACGAGGCGUACGGAGAUUGUGCGAUCUGCCUGACGAGCAUUGAGAGCAGGAGCGCCCAUCGACCGAGUGCGGCGUCGAGACGCGCAAACGGUGCCAAUGGUGCAAAAUGGCUCGAAUCUCUCUUGUUCUCCAAACCAGGAUACCAGCGUAUCGCUGGCGAGGCCCAAGACUACGAGAUCGACUCGUGCGACGACGAUGCUCGAUCGGUCGACGUCUCGAUGCACAUGUACGCUCGCGAGAAAGUGGCGCGCGCAGACGGAGCUGCUGGACCAGCAUUGCGCCGCACGAGCCACACGCGCCGCCGUGGCGUUGCACGAAACGUGCGCUACUACGUUGCUCGAGCCAUGCGAACAGCGCUGCAAACGGCGCUGCGUUGCAAAGAGCGCUUGAACGCAACAAGCACUUUGAACAGGAGAAGGAUGGAUGUGAUGCUUGCGCCUUGCCAGCACGCUUUCCAUACGCAAUGCUUGGAGCCGUGGAUGGAGAUCAAGAACGAAUGUCCGAGUUGUAGGAGUUCCUUACCGCGUGUAUGA